AAAAGUUAGGGACUCUGUUUCCAAGUCCAAGACUCUAUUUAACUUAAGCCGCUCAAUUGCACAACCCUGAUCUGAUCUGAUCUGGGACAUAAAACACUGCCAAACUAGAUCAUAACAAUCAAAUGGCAAUCACCAACACCACCACCACCACCAACACCAGCUGCAGAGUGGUAGCUAUUGUCAGUUUAGUCCUUGUGCUAGCAUGUUAUGGCGUAUCUGCUCAGUCGACUCCAGCGCCGGAAACAGCCACAGCUCCAUCCCCAGCGGGCAUUGACUGCUUAACAGUAUUAGCAAACAUGUCAGAUUGCCUAACCUUCGUAGAAGAUGGGAGUAAUCUGACAAAACCAGACAAAGGUUGCUGCCCUGAGUUCGCAGGGCUGGUUGGUAGCAACCCCAUCUGCUUGUGUCACCUUCUAGCCAAACCUGACUCUAUUGGCAUCAAGAUUGAUAUCAACAAAGCUCUUAAGCUUCCUUCUGUAUGUCGUGUGACUACACCUCCAGUCAGCACCUGCUCAGUUAUUGGAGUUCCUGUGUCCUUGCCUCCAACAAGUGAAGGUUCUAUAUCACCAAGUUUGGCACCAGAAGGACCAGCCAGCAGUCCUUCAAAUGGAGUUGCGGCUCCUAGUCCAGGUGGUACAAGCCCUUCUUCUGACGAAGCUGCUGCCAGCCCGUCUGAAAACAAAAAUGGAGCUUCAGGCAUUCAAGCCUCUACCAGGACUUUCAUUUUUGGCUUGUCUACUAUUUGUAUCUCCAUAUUCUUCUGAUUUUACACUCAUUUCUCCGUGUCAUUAAUUUCGUAGAUCUUUCAUUUCUUCAUUAAUUGUAUGUUGUAAUAAGCUGCUUGGACUGAAGCUUUUGUUGUAGCUCGAUGCACUCUUCCAAUUAUUACUGAUAUUAUCAGUCAAUGACUCACUUUAAU